AUGUGCGCUCUGUGUCACAUUGCCCUGCGGACAGGUGCCUUCUGUACAUGCCCAUGGGCCCCUGUAAUCUCCACCGAACCUGCCGCGCCGCCCUCCACUAGCGGUCCAUUAGGUUGCCCUUCCAUUACCGCUGUGUCCCUACCUGUGUGCCAUCACGUCCCUUCAACACAACCGUCCAUCUGCAUCGCAUCGCCAUCACCAUCGCCAUCGCCAUCAUUCACUUUGUUCCUCUGCCUCUCCCUCUCUACCCGCCACACGCCAACUCUUUCAACAUCCUCACCUCCUCCGUCCUUUUAUUCCCGCACACUACUACAAAGGAAAGAACCCACCCUUUCUUCCCUCGCACGCGCCGUCCGUCUCUUGUCCGUUCUCUCCUCUCCCCACCUUGGCCCCGGCGCCUGCAACCCAACCCAACGGCCCACCGCUCUUAGACACCCUCCAAGCCCAAUAAAGCGUCCCCCGGAGUCGACGUCUCCCGCUCUCCUCUCUCCCUAUUUCAUUCUCGUUCGCGCUUCUUCUUCUUCUUCUAUUUCUGCUCUCUCCUCUAUCUUCCAAGAGGCUUGCUUAGCUUAG